AUGCCCGCCAACCACGUCCUCCUGGCCUCCGGCGCCGUCGUCGCCGUCUCCGCCGUCGUCGCCGCCGCCAUCGCCAUCUACGAGUCCCCCGAGUUGCGCCGCUACACCGACGACGUCCGCCGCCGCAUCGCCGUCGCCCUGCAGGCCCUCGGCGACAACAUCCAGCCCCCCGUCCGCGAGCCCCUCUUCAACCGGCCCGAGGACGCCGACGGCUUCCUCCAGUCCCGCCGCGGACCGGGCGCCGAGCCUGGCGUCGACGCCGACGACGCCACCCGCCGCAGCCAGCGAGAGGAGCUCAUGUACUGGAACUCGGUCCGCUUGCAGCGCCAGCUCGAGCAGGAGCUCGCCAAGCACGCCGAUACCGAGGCCGCCGCCCCCGCCCCUGCGGCUAUCGAGGGUCGUCCGCCAGCAGGGCCUAGGGGCACCUCGUUUGAUGAUUUCUUGAAGCCGGCGACGCAUGGCGGGGAGUCCGGCGCGUACGUCGUCAGCAGCGGCGCGCAGACGACAGCACACGAACACGGUACCGGCCAGCAGCAGCUCCGACACCGCGGCGAGGGUGCUGGCACCCGCGGCUUCUCCGCCGCCGCCGUCUACUCCAACCCCUUCAGCGACGAGCACCACAUCGACCCGGAGGAGUUUGCCAACAUGGGCCUCGGCACCGGCCGGCUGGUGCCUGAGAGUCCGAGCGACAUCUACAGCGCCACCACCCGCGAAGAGGACCGCCAGACGACGACGACGACGACGACCGCCACCAUGGAGGCGGAGACACCCUCGCUCAUCGACUUUGGCACCACCGAGACUGUGCCUGACGCUGACGUCCCGGAGGAGGCGUACGCCUCGAUCCAGGCCUGGGCGCGCGACUCGGGCCUGUACUCCCCGCUGCCCGUCACCCCCGGCGCGCCCGUCUCCGAGGCCGAGAUCCUCAGCGACGGCGAGCUCACGCCCACCGACUCCGUGUCCGUCGUAGACGUCGCCGACGAGGCGCACUCUUCGCACGCGGGCGACGCUAGUAGGCCGUACGACGUGCUGAGCGAGACGGACGGCAUGCUGACGCCGGCCAGCUGGUCCGAGGUGGGCAGCCAGGUCAGCGAGAGCGAGCAUCCGCACGCCCAGCACGCAUAG